CUACUUCAGUCGACGCCGAAGCUCGAACUGCAAGUCCGACUGACGCCGUCCGACGAUGAAACAGACCCGGCUGAAGGCGCCGAGGACGGUAGAUCCUCGAUGCUGUUCGGACGCGCUUCCAGUCUUUACAUGUCGACCAGCGGCCAGCUUCAGAUUGACGACUCUUCUGACUCGUCUUUCAUGCCGUCGCCCAAAUUGUCGCUGGCCAAAUCGCACGGGUCAAGGCAACUCACAUUAACAGCUUCUUGUGCUCAGGUCGACAGUCGUAUUCAGAUGGAAAUUUGA